AUGUCUGCUGCCUCAACAUCUGUUGGCGUUCUCAGUGGUGAUGAUUUCGAGAAGAUACGAGACCUAUUAGCUAUUAGUUCAUCUGACUUAAGAGACAGAUUAAGAAGCGUAGAGACUCUUAAUAGACUACAUGUAGAUCAUCUCAAGAAGAUACUAAAGUACUUGAAGACAAAGAACAAUAAUAUAACGUUGUCUGGCAACAAAUCGAUGUUGGUAGAGAGAGUCUAUAGGGCAAUACACCAUAACCAACCGGCUCCACCCGUUUACCAGCAGAAUCACAACAUGCAAUAUCAACCGGGUGCACAGUUUCGAAUCGGUCAGAUCAAUCCACCGCACAUAAACAACCCGAACAAUCUCACAGUGAAUCGACCGCCGCCAGGCAUAGGAAUUCAACAUAUGACAACAACAACAACACAUCCAACAACAAACGGGAUCAACAACAGCAACAGAGUAGUUACAUCGACUACAACGACAACAACACCGACCAUAGUAUUUCCCAGUACGUUUGCAUUUCCUGGUGGUCCGCCGCUCAACGCACCGCAACAUAUAGUGCCGCCACCAGUCAUUCAACAGCGAACCGUGCAGAACGCGCGAAAGAGUGCGCCUCUCGCCAAACCGGCGAACAUCGAUUGGACAUCGUUUGGCGAGAAACAAUCGAUUCUCUAUGAAUCGGUCAAGGUUCUCUAUCACUAUGCGAUUGUAAAGGGCUCGACAGGCCACCAGGAAUUCAAUAUCGACAACGACACAUUCACCAAAAUCACAGCGAAAGCACCACCUCCAGACUCUGACGAAACACAGUACUUCCUGCAUCUUCGUUUAAUUCAAAACUCAACCAAUUUAACUUAUUCAAGUGAUAUGAAACUCUCGAUCAACGAUAAUUUUAUAGCAUUGCCAUAUAAACUUAGAAAUCCAUCGGGAUGUACACCACUCAUCAUUCCAAAGCCAUUGGACAUAACUUCAUUUGUGAAAAAAGAUAGAAACAAAAUAGUAUUCUCUGCUCCCGCCAGAACAGAGGGUGUUUUAGUAAUACAGUUUGUUAAAAAUAUACCAAUUAAAAAUUACUCUUUUCAGCAACAGAUUUGGAAUUGUCCAGUUUGCAACUGUGCUGGCUCCGCCGACAUGUUAGUCUACGAUAAAUAUACCGCAGCGAUCAUCAAGGAACUACCCGAUGGCAUAGCAAACUUUACAAUUCAACAAGAUGGAUCAUGGAGUGUAAAAACUGAAACUGCAAUACAAAUUAAAUCAGAAAAAACAAAAGAAGAAAAAACAGAAUAUACAGAUAUAAUAAAUUCACAAACAACCGAUGAUAAUAAUAAUAAUAUUGAUGCGGACAAUGGUGUUGUCUUUGAUGUGGAUUCGAUGAUGACUCCAACGCCACCGGUCAACACUGACGCAUCCGACAACGACUAUGAUUUCGAUGAGGAUGAAGAAGACGAAUUCGACUUUUCAGGUGUGGAAGGUGCACCGAUACAAGCCAACGGUACAGGUUCACACGCCACUCCAAAUGUAAAUACCAACUCUACAAAUCACAGUGCCAGCAAUGGAAAUAGCAGUAAUCAUAUAGCAGUACACAAUAAUUCAAAUCAAGACGAUGACGAUGAUUGUAUAGUAAUUAGCGAUGACGACUAG